AUGCGCACGACGAAAAAACCCGAGCGUCGAAGGUGGUUUGGGGGUCAGGGCGGGCUGGGCUGGGCUGUGAAGCAAGUCAAUCGCAGAAAGAAACGAGAAGAAGGGAAGAUGGAAAACGUCGUCGUUAUAGAUGGAGGGAAUCGCCAGUCGGGAGAGGCAGAGAGACGCAGAGAGAGGCAGAGAGAGGUUUCAGUGGGACAUGUCUCAGAUAUCCGGACACUGACGACGACUCCGCGGUUGGUGGGUGCUGGGUGCUGGGGUUCUGCAACCAGUUCAGCGCUGGAAAUGCUCCUGCAGAAGAGUGGCGUGGGUGUGUGCGAGGCCUCAGCGCCCAAGCGUGAAGAUGACAUCGUUUGGGGCCAGGCUGGUGGCGGUGGAGACAGAUUCGCACGAACUACUGGGAGCCCUGGGCCGGCCAGACUGCGGCCAGCGCAUCAAAAACGCAGCUAG